GUUAACAGUAGUUAUGCGUCCGCUGAUUUAGAAGAGCAAUAAGCCACUUUCACCUCUAGUGGCUUAUUGCUUAAUUAAAUGACAAAUCGGAGGAUUGGUUUGCAGAUUGCCUGAAUUGACGUCAAUUGGAUUGGUUAGGUGACAGAGGCAGGCUCCGCCCCCCUGUGGGCCAAGGUAGAGCAUGCUGAGAGGGAGGGAGGAGGGAGCAGGGGGCUGAGCUGAUCCCACGUGUGACGCUUUCAUUCCCGGCUCAGUAAUAUUCUCAUAGCGGGGCUUUGCAUAUCUCCUGCCGUAUCUGUGUGUGUCUGUCACUGUGACUGUAGUCCCAGCCUAUAGUUUGAAAUAGAUAUGGAAGGAGACGGGAGUCAAGCCACAUCCGGAAGCCUAAAUGAUUCACAACAUGACCCGGGUAAAAUGUUUAUCGGUGGCCUCAGCUGGCAAACCUCACCAGACAGCCUUAGAGACUAUUUUAGUAAAUUCGGAGAAAUAAGAGAAUGUAUGGUGAUGAGAGACCCCACGACAAAACGCUCAAGAGGAUUUGGGUUUGUUACGUUUACAGAUGCUGCCAGUGUAGAUAAAGUCUUAGCUCAACAACACCAUGAAUUAGACUCAAAGACGAUUGAUCCUAAGGUUGCCUUUCCCCGUCGCGCCCAGCCUAAGAUGGUCACAAGAACAAAGAAAAUAUUUGUGGGCGGCUUGUCAGCCAACACAGUAGUGGAAGAUGUGAAGCAGUAUUUUGAACAGUUUGGGAAGGUUGACGAUGCCAUGCUUAUGUUUGAUAAGACUACUAACAGACAUAGAGGAUUUGGUUUCAUAACUUUUGAGAGUGAAGACAUCGUAGAGAAAGUCUGUGAAAUUCAUUUUCAUGAAAUCAAUAACAAAAUGGUAGAAUGUAAGAAGGCCCAGCCCAAGGAGGUGAUGUUCCCACCAGGUACACGAGGGCGAGCCAGGGGUCUGCCCUACACCAUGGAUGCCUUCAUGCUGGGGAUGGGCAUGCUGAGUUACCCUAAUAUUGUGGCAACAUAUGGCCGCGGAUACACUGGAUUCGCACCCAGCUACAGCUACCAGUUCCCUGGCUUCCCAGCGACAGCAUACGGACCGGUGGCGGCAGCGGCAGUAGCAGCAGCGCGUGGCUCAGGUAGGGGGGCCCGUGGAAGAGGCGGCUACUUGGCGUACCCACAGAGCACAGGGCCAGGCCUCCCCGAUUAUGGGUUUUACUCUGCGCCCAGUGACCAGAGGGGGGGGCCCUGCUCCUUUGCUGACUAUGGCUCCCUGGGGCCCCAAGCGGCUCAGAUGCUGCACAGUGAGCAUGCCACCUCCGCCUGCAACUCCCCCCUCCAGCACCUACACAGCCCGGAUCAAUUUAAGAACCCAGGCACCAACCCGUCAAGGCCCGGAGGUUUCCCUGGUGCUAACAGUCCAGGGCCUGUGGCUGACCUGUACGGACCCAGCAGCCAGGAUUCGGCUGUGGGCAACUACAUCAGUGCUGCUAGCCCUCAGCCUGGCUCUGGGUUUGGCCCCAGCAUCACAGGCCCGUUGAUUGCGACAGCUUUUACAAAUGGAUACCAUUGAACAGGUGGCCGGUUGCCAUCUCAUCAGAGCAGAGUAUAUCUGGUGGCCCAGGAAAGACAGGACGAAGUUUCUAAUUGGCUUUGUGUGCAGGUGAUGCUAUCCAACUUCAAGCACUACAGCAUCACCAAGGCAAAAAGAACGAAAGUCGGAACCAUAUGAAGAAGAAAAGAAAACGUUAGUCAUCUCAGAAAAAUAACAACUGCUGUACUAUAAUCCAAACCUCCUAUAACUUUACAACCUGGUUUGGUAUGAUGUUUCACGUCGAUUUCAUUCACCUAUUUCCUUCCUCUGUUUAGCUUUUUCGUUUCGAUUUAGGUUUUUAGGAAGUCAUUUUCGUUUUAACCUUGAGUUUUGUGUCAUUUUAUUUUAUCUUCCAGUAUAUUUGUGUAAAUGGAUUUUUUCGUUUUUUUGAAGUACGGGGGUCAUAGCCAAGAAUAUCUGCAAGUCAUGUCUUCAUCUUUGUAUCGGUUAGUGUAAAGGAGAAACGAUUGGAUGUUCCAGUCUUUCCGCAAAAAAAGAAGCUCAGUGUGGAGAGACAGAGAAAAAAAAUAAUAAAUUUUAAGGAAAAUUUAAAGAGGGUAUCUAAGUAAUAAAUCUUAGUAGCUGUUUUAUUUCUUGUGAUGUCUCAUUGUUAACCAUAAUUACCUAUUUUUGGGCAAUACAAAGAGGACUCCAAUAUUUUUAUGGUCCUUUUUUAUAAGUGUUGUUUUUGUUGUUUAGAAAUAUAUAUAUAUGCUAUAACAAAUUUCAUAUAACUACAUUGUGAAUUCAAACUUGAGAAAAAGAAAUGUAGCUGUACAUAUUAUUCCAGUCACUGCAUAUAACCAACUCAGUGAGAGAAUAGCAUAUUUUUGUGAUGGUGUGUCAAAAGAACAUGUUAUAGCGUGUGAAUAGAAGAAAAAAGCUGUAAACAGUUAUUAUUAUACGUUUUUCUGCUGGAAGACGGUAUAAUGACCCCAGAGACAAACAGAACACACUUGCUCUGUAAAUACUGAAGCUGAAUAAUUUUACAAAGUGUCAUACCAGCAAAUUUACAAACGGUGAGUUAAGUCAACACAGUUUUAAGAAAUAAUAAUAAUAACAAUAAAAAAAAAAGAGCCUGAUUGGUAUCUUUUUUUGUCUAACUGUUAAGAUAUCAGUAUCAUUUCAAAGAGAGAGAGAAAAAAAAAAGAUGAUUUAAUCCAAAGCACACUGUACUUAGAUGUGAAGAUUAGAACUUGAACCAGGCAUUUUACAGUGCUCUGUGCAUCCUGACACUUUUAUACUCUUGAGAGGAACUUGUUAGUUGUAUGUUAUUGUUUGUUUCAUCCUGCUUGUUCCUGAUUCAUUUUUGGAACACAAUAUCUGGGCUCUGUGCUAGAGCCUUUAAUAAUGUAAUGCUUGUUCUUCUGAAUCAGUUCUUUUUUGAAUGAAUUAGGAAAGUAAACAUUUUGAUACCAUACCUCAGCCUUUGUGAGUUCUAUUGUGGAAUCAUUGGCAGGUUUAAUUUAUUCUAGUGGCAAAAUAACUGAAAAACACUGAAAGGUAAUAAAGCGAGUAAUCAUUGCACUGUGAGUAGUAAAGUACAGGCCAUUUUUUUCCUAUUUGCACAUGUAUAUGUUGGCUUUUUAAAAAAAAAAAAAAAAAAACGGCCCUGUGCUUUGGGAUAGUAUGAAGGAUGUUGGGGUUAAUGUAUUCUCGACUAGACAAACACUUCAGAGUUUUGAGGUGAGUUAACAGCUUGGGAAAUAGUGACUGAUAUGUUGCAGUGUACACUUGGAUUUCUUUAUAUAUUAGACCCAUGUCUCAUCUAAAGAUAUUUAUACAGGGUCAAAAGAUGACACUGAAUUAUUCACUUAUCUGUCGCUGCACCAGGUUUUACACAGUAUGUGUGGUUAAUGAUUUUACUCAUGACAAACAUUUAAUAAUAAUAUGCUCCAGAGUGCAGUCCAGUUUUUAAAGUCACUGAUGGAAUGAAUGGUGUGUAUUCUGAUAAUACUUUACCUGCUGCAGGUGUAUUUUGUUGUUGUUUUGUUUAUUUCAUUUUACCCACUUCUUGUCUCAUUUCUUUGAUUUCGAAACAACCAGGUAAAGAAAUAUGCUGGAUACUUCUAAAGUAAAUGAUAUGGAGGUGUGAUCAAGUAAUAAUUUAAAGAAUAAAGAAAAAAAAACCCUUGUAAUGUUCAAAUGUAAAAGAAAAAAUAAGAAAUACAAAACUAUAAAAAAAAAGAAAGAUGCUUCUUUGCUGAUUUCAAGUUUAAUCAGAGUUUUAUUGAUACUUUGUGGUUUAUAUAUUAAUAAUUGUAAUAUACUAUUAAAAUGUACUGUGCAUCCAUUGCUUUCUCUCUUUCCAUUCCCCAUCCUCAGAGAUCCUACUUCUUUUGUUGAUCAUUCAUGUAUUUCAUUAGUGUGUAAAGAAAUCACAGUUAACUUGUAAACAGAGUGCUGUCUUUGAUACCAGUGUAGUGGUCUUUGUUGUUCUCCCUUGCUCUACCUCUCCUUUCUCUCAUAUUUAUCCCUCUCCCUCUCGCGCUCUUUUUCUAUCUCCUGUAAUUACAAAGUAGAUGUUAUAUAGGACUCAUUAAUAUAAUACUUGUAGUGAAUAGUGGAUUUAGGACCAGUCAAGGUAGACCUUUCUCUAAAUGAUCAUGUUAUUCUGAGAUUUGCAGACAAUUAUUUUGAUAGAGGUUCAUUGUAAUUUAUUCCCUGUAUGUUUGACUCUUUUUUUUUCUUUCUUUUUUUUUUUUUUUGGUUUUUGCCACUCUCACAUGGUUUCAGCUAACCAAAGCUCUCAUGGAUGAACAAUAGAGAAACAGUUGCUGUAAAGAUGGAAUUGUUCACAAGGCAUUAUUUGGAUCCCCACCCUUGAAUGUUUUAAAAGGGGUGUGCCAUACUACCUUAAAUGCUAAUGCUAGAUAUGCAAAACUUAUUUUUUGUUCGUUUUUGGAUUAUUUUUUAAGAGGGGACACAAGCUAUAAUCAUGGACAAAGAUUUUAUGUAAAAAUAUAUUUCAUAUUUUUUUAAGACAUACCAAUGAUUACCACAAUAGUCAUAAUAUCAGUCAUAGUGCUGUUAAAAGAACCUGUUAAUGUUUGUACACUUCCCUGGUGCCUCUGGCACAGAUAUUUUUUAGAAAAUACUGUGUUCGAUCACUCAAAACUUUUAUCAAUAAUUCUAAUAAUCUUAGAUUCUGGGAACUAGUUUUUCUUUUAAACCGUUACCAGUGUUGAUCACAUGCAUUGACAUUAUAGAGGCAUUACUGUAGAAAUUAAACAGAAAACCUCUGGCUCCAGAGGAAUAUUAGCAGGUGUUAAAGGAUGAUUUGUGUAUCAAAGCUGAUUAUUAGAUGGUUAAAUUCAUGCGCCGACAUUGGACCAGCUCUUCCCCCCCAAAAGCUGUGUUUCAUUGCUAAGCUAAAUGAGAGCAGAAAAGAUUAUAUUAAAAACUUGAAUUUAAAUGCUCAAAUUACCAUGUCAAAGCAUGUCCACAAUUCAAACCUGUCGGAUUUACACAGGCAGCUGUGUUUCAAGCAAAAAAAACAAACUUAUUAUAAACAAGCCAAUUCAAUUUAGGAGCUCAAGCUGUGUUCACACUCCAGCCACAGAUUGAGUAUAAUUUCAAUAAAACAUAAUUUAGGUUUUAUAUCAGUUAUUUUACCUCAUGCAGUCUUAAAUUGAAUACUGUCACGUUAAUAAAUAACAUUAGAGUCCUGUCGUUCUUCACGUCCAGUAUAGACUGUCAAAACACAUACAGUAUGUACAGUAAUGGCAGCUUGACGCUAAUUGAUAAAUUAUUCCAAUGAAUGAAAAGCAAGUAUAGAGGACGUUGUAUUGUUUGAAACUAGGCAAAAUGUGGAAUUAUUGAAUAGAAAUCCUAAAAUGUCCAUGUGUUUAUUGUAAAAUGACUGGAUGAAUUGGAAAAAUCUGUUUUUUCCCCAAAACUAUAAGAAAACUAAAAGUAAUUUAUGUGAAAAAUCACAAGUAUUAAUGCUUAUGUUCACCUCAUUUGCACAUUUUAAUGUUAAAAAGUGUACCAACUUACGUGUGCUAGUUAAGUUUUAUUCUGACAUGAUAAAAGAAAGUGUUCCCCCCCCGGUUCAUUUGCAGCGUCGUCUCUUGAAUUUAUCUAAAUAUUUUAUGAAAUAAUAAACUAUGAGUCAAACCACCUACAAACCGAUACAAGAAGCUCAUUAGGGGGCUGCAGUUUAUUUCCAAUUUUGCUGCCGUCUGAUCUGAAAUAAAAAAACAACAACAGUGCAACAAGUAGAAAAUCUAUUGCUUUGUUUCACUGUUGCAGCACCCGGUCGCUCUUGGAUUAUAAUUAAACUGAAAAAUAACAAGUUGAAAUGGCUCAUUUUUGAUUACCCAAUAAUAAGAAUUGACUCUUCCAUUGUUUUGUGAUCCUGUAGCUUGGACUUUAAGGUAGCAUGGCUCUGUUGCUGUAAUUUCAUUUUAUCUCAAACUGACAGCAGUUUACAGCUGAUGAAUGUUACACAUCUUAGUAGACUAGCUUAUCCAUUUUGGGGAGAGGGGAGGGGGUCUUGGUUUAAGAAAAAAAAAAAUAAUCAAAAAAGAAAAAAAGUCAACCUGGAAGGUGUUGACAUUUGUAGUGUACUACCGUAUCCAUUUAAACUUGAAUCUUGAGGCAAGUGCUAGGCAAUGGCCAAACAAUUUAUCCCAUCCGCUCUGGGGGAAAAAUCCCACCCUGAAACCACACGCACUUCUGAGAUUUCUGUCGUCUGGGAUUCAAAUCUUGUUUUAUGAAUAUGAACAACUGUCUCCCAGAAGCUGAGACAUCACACAAGGACUGUUUUCAGGCCUCUGCUCCAUUUCCAAUUAAUUAGACUGACUUUUAAGGCUCAUUGACCGUUCUUGAGCGUUUAUACCCAAAAGAGGCUUAUUCAUAGUGGUGCUAAUGGUUUUAAACCAGACAAUGUGCCCUUAUCUCUGAGAGAUACUGGAUACUGUCACAGUGACCACAAAGUUAGUCUCCCGGUCCACAAAGUGACUCACAGUAAACAGCACCAUUUAUAGCCUCGGCUCUCGUUUCAGGAUAUAACAAAGAUCGCUUCAUGUUCACAAAUCUCGACUGAACUCUUUAAGGUGACAGAAAUGGCACAAGUUUAACUGUAGUGUCGUGUUUUCGGGUGAAUUUCCCCUUUCAAGUCCAAACCAUCGCCAUCUCACCCAUGCUCAUGAUUAAAUACACACACACAGUUUGCAGUAUAUAUGUUUAUAGAUGAAUAUAUACUUGCAAGUUUCACCCAUUCAAACUGAUGUUAGACUGGAGACCUCAGCUGUAUACAGAAUAUCCCUUCACGCAGCUCACACCACAGGUUCACGUAGUCGAGCCGUCAUUAUUAAGCUUAAGUUCACCAACACGAGAGUUCACCCCUGGUGUGUUGUCGAGUUUGGAGCAGACCGCAUGGCCUAAGAGGGGAGCCUGGGAGCUCUCCAGACCGCAUGGACGGCAGUGCGAGGCUCUGCUGUGCUUCCAUGUUUCUGCAGGCUGAGCACAGAGCUCUCUUCACUGCUGUCUGCCCAUUCCUAACACUUGCCCCUUUUUUUUAUGUUAACCGACUUUUUAUGGCGAGAGACAGACAGACUUGACUGACAUCUGAAAGCAUCUUUCAGGUUAUCAUAUGGCUUGCUUAAGCCCUGUUGUAAAAUAUACUAAAAAAAAUAAUAAAUAAUAAUAAUAAUAAUAAUAAAAAUGGAUGGGGGUCUCUCACAUAUCAAAUGUGGAAAGUCUAAUUUUAUAUUUGUAUUUUCAAAUAAUAAUAUUGACAAAAAAUGUCUGUGAAAGGUUUCCAUCCUCUACUGUGGUCCAGAAAUUGAUGUGUCUGUCUGGAAAAUAAAUAAAAUAAACUGAAUUGUUA